ACGUGUACCCUUUGCGGCUCCAUAUUGCACGCUGGUGAUGACAAAGGCGCCUCAUUCAGUACCCUCUCUCUCUCUCUCUCUUUUUCCAUAAAUAGGGGGUAAAAUGCUUCCGCGAAUCGAUCCCCAGAAACAAUCCCUCCGUUUUUGCGCGCGGCCUCUGAACUUGCCCUCGUUUCCGUUUUCCUUCUCUUAUCUCUCUCACGCUCUGUUUGUGGAGGAACGGCCGAUCACCUAGCCGUCGGCGAAAGAACGUGUUUCUCCGUCGUCAUCUGCCAUCGAAUCGUCCCGCACAGGUGAUGAGAUUGACGUCUUUGGCGAGGAGCAAAGCAAGCAUGUAGCGAGUCAUCUACCACAGUGUCGUGUUGGAAGGAAAGAAGGGCAGCCCAUUUGAGUUAUGGAUGGUAGCUCGGCCGCCGUGUGGCAGCGUCCUGCUGAAACGGGGGAAGAAGCUCAGACUGUUGAGAAGAGAUUUUCAAGCAGCUUCGGCUCCUCCUCGUCGCUGGUAACCGACGCAGGGUUCGACUGCAACAUAUGCCUGGAGUUUGCGCAGGAGCCGGUGGUGACCCUGUGCGGCCAUCUCUAUUGCUGGCCCUGCAUCUACAAGUGGCUCCACCUCCAGCCCUCUGCUCAGCCGUGCCCCGUCUGCAAGUCAGCCAUCUCUACCUCUGCGUUGAUCCCUCUUUAUGGCAGGGGCAAAGCGCUCAUCUCCCGCAUCGAUGACCAGAGCAUUCCUCGAAGGCCUCCUGCCAAGUGGACUCAUGACACGCAGCAGCAAGAUUCAACGGGAGACGACCACGACCGCCAUGACCAUGGAGAUCACAACUAUCACCACCACCACCACCACCAGUAUCGGCAGGACCCGAAUGCCUAUGCUCAUGCUUCCUAUCUGUCAGGCAUGAACUUCACAACACGCAUUACAAAUCCAACUGUUGGUGGGAUAGCAGUUGCUGUGUUUCCCUGGUUGAUGGGAAGCUCAGAUCUAGGAUUCUAUCAGUCUAGUCAUAGCAGCAGCCAUGUUGGCCACUACAAUGGCAGCAGUCAGCUUUAUCAUCUCAUGGGGAGCGGUCCGAGCACCCCUAGGAUGAGGGAGAUGGAGCAAGUGGUAAGGAGAGGCUUGGACAAGUUACUGGUUUUCAUCUCUUGUUUUGCGCUCCUCUGCCUCUUCUUCUUCUGAUGUGCAGAUUUCUUAGGCUUUAUAUAAGCAUGUACAGAAUAUGAAACAGUGGUAUAUUACUCAAGGCUGGAAAAAUACUCUCUACUUUUGCACUGUGAGGUGUCAAAAACUUGUAAAGAUGAGCAAUAUGUGCAUAUGUGAACUGCCAUCUUGAAUGAUGUAGUUGUCGGAUCAUUAUGUAUUUGCGUUAUGGCAGGGGAUUUGAGUCUCUAGAAAAGGCAAAACGUUCAGUGCUUUGCCGAUACUAGAUGGUUCUUGUCAGUCGGUCUCGUGUUAAAGAACCAUCAAAAAGCUCACUGGUAAGAGCUUUAUCCUGAUAUACCUGUGUCCCUGUAAGCUUAUUUCUCGCUGAAAGCAAACAUACUGAUCUAAUUGCAUAAUUAAAGGCCUAAAAAUCAGUUUGUGAA